AUGGCCGAACAGGUGACCAAGUCAGUGCUGUUCGUGUGUCUGGGUGACAUCUGUCGAUCACCCAUCGCAGAAGCAGUUUUCAGGAAACUUGUAACAGAUCAAAACAUUUCAGAUACUUGGGUCAUUGACGGUGGCGCUGUUUCUGACUGGAAUGUGGGCUGGUCACCAGAUCCAAGAGCUGUGAGCUGCCUAAGAAGUCAUGGCAUUAACAGAGCCCAUAACGCAAGACAGGUUACCAAAGAAGACUUUGCAACUUUUGAUUAUAUACUAUGUAUGGAUGAAAACAACCUGAGAGAUUUGAAUGGGAAAAGUAAUCAAGUUAAAAACUGCAGAGUAAAAAUUGAACUACUUGGGAGCUACGAUCCACAGAAACAACUCAUGAUUGAAGAUCCUUAUUAUGGUAAUGACGCUGACUUUGAGACUGUCUACCAGCAGUGUGUGCGGUGCUGCAGAGCCUUCCUGGAGAAGGUUCGCUGACCCGGGUCC